AUGCGUCUGCUCCUUUUUUUCCUGGCCUUUGUGCCACCACCCGGCGCGGCCGUCUGCGAAUGCGGCUACUCGGUCCAAGGCCCGCCGGACGGUCGUGCGGAUGGUCCUUGGCUGUUCACUGACGCUUUGGAGAGCGACUUUACCAGAAUUGCCAACAUCUCGAGAGACCGGGACUGGGUGAGGCAACGGUUCGACGUCUCGGCCGAGGCCGGACGCGGCAAGUACGGCAAGGCCUUUGACCCGGCCAACGUCGUGUCCCGACCCAGACCAAGGACGGACGACGAGGGCGAGCCUCCUCGAUGGAGCGGGCUCGAGCUUCGUGUUGGCGGUGCGCUCGAGGGCAACGCCGUGCCCGUCGCCGAGGUGGAUUCCUCGAGGCUGGACAUGCAAUGGGGGUCGUAUCGGGCGGCAAUGAAGCUGCCCACGGUCAGCGGCACUUGCAGCGCCUUCUUCUGGUAUUGGAACGACACGCAGGAGAUCGACAUGGAGUUUCUCUCGAGGGAGUUUGAUGCCUCCAAGAAGCUGUAUCCGGUCAAUCUCGUCAUACAGUCGCCCAAGUCGAUGGAGGCGGGGUACGACGCCAGCAAGACGGGCACGUUCAAGCGCGUCAACCUCGGCUUUGAUCCCACCGACGGCUUUCACGAGUACCGCUUCGACUAUCUGCCCGGCCGCGUCCUGUUCUACGCCGACAGCCAAAUGCUGACCGAGAUGACGGGCGACGUGAUGCCGUCGGGUGCCGGUCACGUCAUCCUGCAGCACUGGAGCAACGGGAAUCCCCUGUGGUCCGGUGGGCCGCCGACGCAGGAUGCCUUGCUCACCGUCAGCUACGUCAAGGCAUACUUCAACUCGUCCGGCUCGGCCGGCCUCUCGGCCUGGUCGAGGCAGUGCUCGGAUACGAAAACGACUGUGUGUGCCGUCCAGGACACGGCUGCCGACGCCAUCGGCACCGGGGGACAUUUCUUUACCGAUCAGAGGAACAAGAGCUCAGGGGGUGACGACGAGAACAAAGGCCCACGUCGGACGGAUCCGAGUCGUGGCGCCGCGCGAAUAGCUCUGCUCGCCAUGUCGCUGAUGCUGAUGAUGAGCUGA